AUGGUCUGCUUCAUUUGCCAGACGUGGGAAACUCACGAACUGAAGAAAAGUGCGACGGUGCUGUGCGACUUCAUUCGUCAGGGCUUAAGCGACGCCGACCCAGAUGCAAGGUCGUUUUCAAGGAAGGCUUACUGGUACUUCGCCGACCAUCUGAAGGAGCAAGCCGAUGCGUUGUUUCAGAGUUUGGACAGCAGCCGCCAGCGACAGCUGCGAAACGAAAUGAACCACUCGUCUUCGAGCGGCAGUUUGGCCAGCGGACUGCGGUCGUCGCAGGAGAACGUCAGGGGCGUUUUGCCGCUGUCCCGUUUACCGAAAACCCCUGCGUCGCUUCGCUCCACAAGCGACAUCGACACUAAUGCCGCUCGUCGGGCCGUGCAGCGUUACGUUUUGUCCAGUGGUACUCCGGGUGUUGCUGUCGGGUCAAAUGUUAAUUCGUUACCUCGGGUCCGCAAGUGUGCGCCUUUUCCGGAGUCAGAGCCGGCGUACCUGCGCUAUAAAUGCAUUCCGCGGUACUUCUUUAAUAAGACUCCCGCAGCGAUGAACGGAUUUUCGGGCGACGCUUCGAGAAGUCCCUACCUCAUGUCGCGCUCCGAGGACAAAACUGUGUCACAGCCCGGCAGUCGCACAGGUUCACCGACGUUGCGUACGGGUGUGGCGAUAUUGGCCACCAAUGGCGCUCGUAAAGUACGACCAUCAACACUUUCCGGUGUCAGAUCACAAGGAAAUUCAAGAGAGCAGAGCCCAUCACGAACAGGCAGUCUUCGAAGGUUGAGUACUCCUGAUCGAGUUAGUCCGUUGGUUAAUCACAACAUGGAAUUGGUGCUGGCCAAUGCUUUGCAGACCUCAAAGGCAACAUGCGACGACAUGGAAAGCGAAACGUCGAGCAUGUGCAGCGAACGGUCAGUCAGUCGUUUCGGCUCUGAAAGCUGGAGUUUUGCAGAAAUCAUCAAAAGCUGCCAGUCGUUGAACUGGACGGAACGCAAGGAAGGCCUAGUGACACUGCAAACCGUGUUCAAAUCUGGUCGGCGCCUGACACCGUCCGAAUUGAAGAAGACAUGCCAGAUUUUCGUCCGCCUGUUCGUCGAUCCCCACAACAUGACGUCCACCCUGUUCCUGGAUACAUUGGUAGAAUUCCUGUUCGCCUACAGACACGAACUGUACGACUGGCUGUACGUGUUGUUGUCGCGUUUGCUCAUGAAGCAGGGCAGCGAAUUGCUGGCGUCCGUACAGAAGAAGUUGUGCAAAACGCUGGAGGUGGUACGCGAGUCUUUCCCGUAUGAUCUGCAGUUCCAGACGCUCGUACGUUAUAUUACUGAUCCGGCGCAGACCCCAAGUUUGAAGGUGAAAUUGAGUUUCCUGCAUUACCUCAACGACCUGAUCUGUGUCAUGGAUUCCACGCAACUACCCAACACGUCCGACGUCCGGCAAGCAGUGUCGCGUAUUAUCCAAUGGACGGGUGAUCCAAAGUCGCUGGAAAUCCGCAUCGCCUCUCAGAACGUGUUGGUGUCUCUGUUUAGUCUGAACGCGUCGGUUUUCACCGCCAUAUUAAACACGUUUUCCAAGAGCUCACAGGCAAGUGCUCUACGCGAUUUUCCUAACACCGUGUAUCGCCUGUUGAACACACAAUUACGACGCAACCUCGGCGACUCGUUCAUUAUGAACCGUUCGUUUUCGAACUGUGCCUCAAGAAACAACUCGGCGACGGAAGACCUGGAAAACGUCCAUGAAAACCUGAAAAAGACGUCUGAAGAAAUUCAGAACUACAGUUUCACGGACUACGAAGCUUUUGGAUCGAACGAGUUCGAUGGAGUCGAUGGACUGUUGCGUGGUGACGCGGACAUCUUCCAAGGUAGUGCGCUCGAAAGCCUGAAGCUGAACGGAAAUGCGAACGUCGACAGGCAAGAAGAGAUCAUAGCGGCGAUUCUCACCGAAUUAAUUGAGGAACGCAAGAAGGCGAUGGCUGCGUUGAAGUUCAUCACUCGUAACGGGUCGUUUACACUUUGGGACGAACACUUCAAGACCAUCCUGUUGAUUCUGUUGGAGACACUCGGCGACGAAAACGUGGAUAUUCGUGCGCACGCUCUGCCUGUGCUCAAGGAAAUAUGCGUUUGUGAAGUGUGUCUCGUCGUAACACGCCUCAGCCAACAAGACCGAUUCCGUGACUAUGCCGAACUGACUAUCCUGACGGUGUUGGACGCGCAUAAGGACAAGGAACGCGAAGUGACGCGUGCCGCAGAGGACUGCGCCUCGGUGCUGGCCACUCACCUGCCCACCGGCGUUUGUCUGCGAGUGCUCCAUUCGGUGAUUCGUACCGACUCGAGUCCGGCACUGUUGGCGGCGAUCAAAAUGGCCAACCGGGUCAUCGAACGCAUGAAUCCGGCUGAACUUGAAGAGAUUCUGCCUGAACUUCUACCCGGCAUUAUACAGGGUUACGAAAAUGCGGAGAGCACCGUCAGAAAAGCUAGCGUCUUGUGUCUCGUCACACGCCGCUUGCUGACUCUGUACAUAAAGCGUGACCAGCAGCAGCAACAGCAGCAGUAG